CUAGUGCCAGAACCCCCGGGCCGCACUAAUGAACCCAGGCUCCACAUGUUACAGGAAGCCCCAGGCCCUUUAAACCACUGUCGGUGCCCUGGGUCCUUUUACAUCUUGAUUUAAAGGCCCCGCCCCCAGCUCAGGACGGAAGGAACCAUAGACAGACUGACUGACGGAUGGGGCGGCUCUGGGGUGCUGCUGCGUGGAGGACUAAGAUCCCACCGCGGGGCAGGAUGCUGGCGCUCAGAUGCACUGUAGGGAAGACUCCUUCUCUUCUGGCUAGGCCACUGACAUCCAUGACUAAUGGUUUCCAGUCUCCUCCAGACAUGUCUGAAGGACACUUAUCCAUUCAUGUGAAUAAUGUGCGAAGCAGAUUGAGGGCUAUAGUGGGAGCUUCUACCAACUGGAGUGAUCAUGUGCAAGCAAUGCAUGAAAGAAAAGACCUACAUAGUCUAUUGGCCAAACAGCAGGAAGACUUGCCACCUAGGAGAAUGAAUGAUAGCUACAUAGAGGUUAUUUUACCUCUAGGAAGUCAACCUGAAUUAAGAGAAAAAUAUCUGAAUGUACAUAAUAGUGUGAGGUUUGGAAGAAUUCUUGAAGAUCUUGACAGCUUAGGAGUUCUCAUUUGUUACACUCACACGAAACAUGAAGCUUCUCAGAGAUCUCCUUUGUCAAUAGUUACUGCCCUGGUGGAUAAAAUUGAUUUGUGCAAGAAGGUCAUAUACCCAGAUUGUGAUAUCAAAUUCACCGGAAAUGUUUCUUGGGUUGGGAAGACCUCAAUGGAAGUGAAGAUGCACAUGCUUCAGGUUGGGUUACAUGAUGAUACUUACAGCCCUGUGUUAGAUGCAACCUUUGUCAUGGUGGCCCGCGAUCCAGAAAACAAGAGGUCAGCAUUUGUUAAUCCAUUAAUUCCUGAGGGGCCAGAGGAGGAAGAAAUCUUCAGGAAAGGAGAAUUGAACAAGAUGAGGAGGGUUGAUUUCAGUACUGCAUCCUUACUGAAAAUGGCUCCCACUGCAGAAGAAAGAACCAUUGUUCAUAACAUAUUCCUUAAUACACUGGACACAAGGACUGUAAGUUUUCGGAGUCGUGUGCUACCACCCAAUUCAGUAUGGAUGGAAGAUGCAAAACUUAAAGGCUUGGUGAUCUGCCAUCCUCAGGAACGAAACAUUUUCAAUAGAAUCUUUGGGGGGUUUCUCAUGAGGAAAGCAUUUGAGCUGGGAUGGGCUACUGCCAGCAGCUAUGGAGGUUCCAGACCUUAUAUAGUAGCUGUAGAUGAUAUCAUGUUUCAAAGACCAGUUGAGAUUGGAUCCCUAUUGCUGCUUUCUGCACAGGUUUGUUAUACAGAAAAAAAAUAUAUCCAGAUUAGAGUACACAGUGAGGUUUAUGAUUCGGAUACCAGAGAGCACAAGACAACCAACGUCUUCCAUUUCACUUUUAUGUCAGAAAUAGAGGUACCACAGAUUGUCCCAAAAACAUAUGGUGAGUCCAUGUUGUAUUUAGAUGGCAAACGGCACUUCAGUGCUACCACAAAACAAACCAGAGAAGUGGAGAAAACUACUGCAGCGCCAUAGCAAAUUGUUAGCUGUGGAGAAACCUCUGCCAAAGAUUGCUAGCUUCCUAUGAACGGUGUAUCAAUAAUGGUAUUCCUGCUCUUUAACGCAGUGUGUCAUCAGUGUAGGCAUAUUGGAAAGUGGUCUGUUUUUGAACAAAAAGUCAAUCAUUUAACACUAUUUAUACAACUAGCUGUAGGCUGACUGUGAUGUUGUACAGCUUUCUCCUCUACUGUCGCUUUAGAGCUUCCAUAGUUAAGAUGCAUAGCUUCUUAAAAUUCUGCUCUGACAGGCUGUUCAUGUUAGCAUAGAGGGCUGAAAACCAUAGUCCAGAAAACUUUAAAGGGAUACUACCAUAGAGAAGUCUCAAUUUUGUCACCAUUCCCAUCUCUUUUCUCCUACACACACUCAUGCUUCUCAUUAUGGUCCCUGAUACAGGAAAGCUAUCAUCUCUCUAAAAUGAGGGCUGCUGCUGUUUGAUAUCCUGUUCGAUCAUUUGUGUGCAAAUCUGACCCAGGGUCCUGUGUAAGUUAGUCAGCCUCCUGUUGGUUCUCAGGAACAGGUGAAUCUGGGCAGCAGAAGAACAGUGUGAUGUGCACAUCUGUGUUAUGUGAACAUUAUCCUUGCAAUUGCGUGUGUAUUUCUCUGCUGAUGGGAUCUCAUAAGGUUGCUGCAGCCCUUGUUUUGAAGAAUUGAUGAUGUGUGUUUUCUUCUACUUUUUGAGGACACCCUAAUUUUUACAAUGAAUGAAUUGGCCAAAUGUGAAGUUUACAGAUAUCUGUAUGUGGGAGAUCCCACCAAUACUGUAUACUCCUUUUUGAAUUCUUUUGUAUAACUGAUUCAGUGAACAAAAGAUGACUAGGGAAAAUUCCCGAGAAAAUUAUUCCCGAAAGCUUUUAGGCUAAAUAUAGUACAGAUGCUAUUGGCAGGGUACGUGUGGAGGGGAAGGCAGGCUUUUUAGAACAGAGCAUUAGGUUCCAGCUUUGUGUGGAAGCUGCUAGAAAAGCAAUGGAUUGAGCUGAUCCAUAGAAUAUCAGAGUUAGAGGGCACCUCUGUAGGUCAUCUAGUCUAACCCCCUGCUCAAAGCAGGACCAAUC